CAGGCAGGGACCACAUUACUGCAAGACAAAAUCAUUUGGUCAAUUAAUCAUGUUGGUCUUGUAAGUAUUAAAGCAGUGUGUUAAUUGAAUUUAAACUCAAUAAAUAAAUCAUUUUGAAGACCCUGGUCCUUCCCCCACCAGCAGCCAACCAGCAGUGCAGCUACCAGUCCCAGGGGUCCCCUCAAGGAGUUAUACUGACAGACACCUGUAGGAUACAUUGCUUUAUAAAAUAAGCAACAACCACUCAGACCAAUUCCAGGAUUUAAUUUAAUCAUAUGUUUUAUAGUGUUAAAUAUGUCAUUAUAGUGUUGCAUGUUUUGUAGAGUUUAAAAAAAUGUUUAUUGUGUUACAUAAUAUUUUAUAGUGUUAAAUAAUGGUAGGUCUACAUCAUGUUUCUUUGUAUAUGCUGGAACAGUCACACCCAUGGCUCUCACGCUAGUUCCACUUCUACCUACAUAAUAUGUUAAGGAAUCCCUAGUUAUCUUUCCUUCCUCCCUAACUGUGCACUUGUUCACUUUCCUUCACUGAUUUGAAAGGAAAUGGCUGUUAUGAAACAUAUGGUGGAUUCUCCCACUAUCACAUGACUCCACCAAUCCAAAGAUGUUUUUUUCUCUCUUUGGUACAAUUGUCAUAAGUAUGUUGUAGAUUUUCGUAACUGUAAGUACAACGAUGUUCCUGUCAUUUGUUAACAAUACAUUUAACUAUCAUUUAAUCAAACUGCUAAAAACUGAAUUACAUAAGCAAAAUUGUAAAGUGUAGUGAACGGUUUCACACUUCAGGAGAAAGGAGGUAUUAUAAGGAUGCAGUCAUCAAUCAGAGAUUUAGACUAAUCAAAUGUUUGGUCUAAUGAUAUUCUAUGUACAAUACUUCCUGUGGUCACCAGGACAGAGCUAGUCCGUCCCCCUCCACCCUGCCGGAGUCCCCUGGUCACAACUCUCCUGGUAACAUCUUACUGCUGGAUCUGAAGAGGGAUUCUGUGUUGCUGGUCGACUGCAGGAAAACACCAGGGCAGAGUGGAACUGUGAGAGAAGGACACAAGGAGGGAGAUGGAGAUCUGAUUUCAUCAAGUCUUUAUUUUACAGGGGACACCCCUUACCAUCGUUCUCUUAGUGGGAGGGGCUUAUCAUCUGGGGAGCCUCAACAGCAUGUUGCUGAGGAGACAGAGAAGAGUCUCUCCAGAUCAGAACAUCUCAAGAAACACCAGCAGAGACGUACAGGGAAGAUACCUCACCACUGCUGCUCUGGCUGUGGGAAGAGUUUCACAAGCCAGAGUGGCUUCAUUAUUCACUGUGAUCAGUGUGGGAAGAGUUUUGCUGCAUCUAACACCUUCAAAUCUAAUGUAAGAAUUCAUACAGGGGAGAAGCCUUAUCGCUGUGAUCAGUGUGGAAAGAGCUUCAAACAUUCAGGCAGCCUGACUACACACCAGCUAAUGCACACUGGAGAGAAGCCUUAUAAGUGUGAUCAGUGUGGAAAGAGCUUUGCUGCAGCUUCCGUCCUGAUUAUACACCAGCGUGUACACACAGGAGAGAAGCCUUAUAGCUGUGAUCAGUGUGGGAAGAGCUUCAGUCACUCAGGCAACCUGACUACACACCAGCUAAUGCACACUGGAGUGAAGCCUUAUAGUUGUGAUCAGUGUGGAAAGAGCUUUGCUGCAGCUUCCUCCCUGAUUAUACACCAGCGUGUACACACAGGAGAGAAACCUUAUUGCUGUGAUCAGUGUGGAAAGAGCUUUGCUGUAGCUUCCUCCCUGAUUAUACACCAGCGUGUACACACAGGAGAGAAGCCUUAUAGCUGUGAUCAGUGUGGGAAGAGCUUUGCUGCAGCUUCCUCCCUGAUUAUACACCAGCGUGUACACACAGGAGAGAAGCCUUAUAGUUGUGAUCAGUGUGGAAAGAGCUUUGCUGUAGCUUCCGCCCUGAUUGUACACCAGCGUGUACACACAGGAGAGAAGCCUUAUAGCUGUGAUCAGUGUGGAAGGAGCUUUGCUGUAUCAGGAAAGCUAACUAGACACCAGCUAACACACACAGGAGAGAGGCCGUAUAGCUGUGAUCAGUGUGGGAAGAACUUUGCUGUAGCUUCCAACCUGAUUAGACACCAGGUAACACACACAGGAGAGAGAACUUAUGUCUGUCUAUGUGGGAAGAGCUUUGCUCGAGCUUCCUCCCUCACUAUACACCAGCGAAUGCACACUGGAGAGAGGCCUUAUAGCUGUGAUCAGUGUGGAAAGAGCUUUGCUGUAUCAGGAAAACUAACUACACAUCAGCAAACACCCACAGGAGAAAGGCCUUAUAUCUGUGAUCAGUGUGGGAAGCGUUUCAGUCAGUUAUGGACCCUUUAUUCACACCAGUGAAGACACACUGGAGAAGGAACCUUAUGUCUGUCCAGGUGGGAAGAGCUUUGUUUAUUUAGGGCCAAUGAGAAAACACCAGAAAACACAAACAUGCUGUAUUUCAUCUCCCUCCCUUCUGGCACCGGUUCCAGAUCCCUAAAUAAAGGAUCAGUAGAAAACAUCUUGUGAACAGUCAUAUCCAUCUCCCAUUCUUAAAUAGUUUCCUCAGUCUGAUCACCAUGGUAACCUCUGUGGAGCAUAAUAUGCAGCUCUGAUCUAGGAUCAGGUCUCCCCUGUGUCUUUGUAAUAUCACACAUUGAUCUACAUGGAUAAAUGGUAUCAUAGGAAAUGUCAUAGUGAACCUGUGGGGGGAUGUUGAUAAUAGUAUCUUCUUUCAUGUACUCAUGAUACUAUUAUUAUUAAAUGUCAUUAUGUAGAAUGUUUCAACAAUAGGUGUAUAUUCAUGUAUUCAAUUGAUCAAUACAAUCAAUCCAUUAUCUUCUAAACAAGAAAUUAUCACUUAAAUUGUGUAUUUUAUAAAUCUGUAUUGAUUAAAAUGAUCCUAAAUCUAAUCCAUAAUAUAUUGGAUAAUUAUUUCCAUGAGUUCAAGGCAAGAUCUUUGUAUACUGUGUCUUGUAUCAACGGUUAAUGUAAUAACUUUUAGAUUUAUAAUGUAAUAAAGCCGGUAAAUGUAA